AACAAGCCCUGAAACCACGCGCUUCUAUAGCCUGCGCAAGCGCCGCAAACUCGGAUGCUACAGCCGUCGCCGCCGCCGCAUCCUCCGGCACUACUGCCCGGCUUCCUUUCUGGAAGACGUACAUUUCACGCAAGCCGUUGCUGCUACAGGCUCUCUUCGACUGCCUGACGCAUAUUCGCACUCAGGGAGGGCCCCUGCCUGACGUCAUCGACGUGGCCAUGGUGUACGUCUCCUCUGAAUAUUUGGAGGUCGCGGUCGCCACGGACGCCUUUCGCACUUUUUGCAACUUUUUGGGACAUCCGGACUUCGGGUCUCUUGUGCAGGCGUUGCGGGCGGAGUUACCCGGCCUCAAAAACGUGUUUGGAUGUACGGGUUUUGGAGUCAUCGGGGUGGAUGAGGAGGGUGCUCUGGAGGUUGAGGCUCAACCCGCCCUCAGCCUUUCUCUGGUAUCCAUUCCACAGGCCGAAGUGAUUGUACGGCACUUGGACGAGACGAACGUACCUGACGGAGAUGCGCCUCCGGAUCGCUGGUCUGCCGUACUCGGAGUACCCGCCUUCCCGGAAAGCCCCCUGUCGCUGGUGGUGCUGUCAGAUCCCUCCUUCGCUGCCGUACAGGAUCUACUGGGGGGACUGGAUUUCGCCUUUCCCACGGCCGCAAAGAUUGCAAGUACGGCACUACCUGCCACAUCUGCUGUUGCCACCGCCGCCGCUACUACCAUUGACACCGCCAGUGAGCCCGGCAGUAGCAGCAGCAGUAGCAGAGCCGGCGGUGGUGGUGGUGGUGGUGGUGGUGGUGGUGGUGAUGGUGGUGGUGAUGGUAUAGGGGUUUUCACACGCGGCGUAGUCGUUAUGUCCAUUUUCGGGGAGGUUCAGAUGGACCUAAUGAUUGCACAGGGUUGCCGCCCCCUCACCUCCACCACCUGGACCGUUGACCACGUUGACCCGGCUAACCCCUCCCGCGUCACGGCGCUGUCCGCCCCGAGUGUAGCCCGGGGGAGAUCGCUAAGGGCACUGGAGGCGUUUCAAAUAGAGCUGCAGUCCGUGCUCAGCGGUAUGAGCGAGGCUCAGCUUCGUAAGACGGUGGCCAACCUGACGGUGGGAGUCGCCCCGGAGGGGCUGAAGGCCUCCCUGGAGCCGCACGACUUUCUCAUUCGGGCGCUUCGCGGAUUUGAUUCCGAACAGAGCCUGGUGGUGGGGGAGUACUUGAGGGUGGGACAGAGAAUACGAUUCAUGGUACGAGACAAGCAGGGCGCUCAGGAAGAUCUCACUUCGCACGGCCUGUCGUACAAGCGCAAGCAGCUGCAGGGGGGCGCUGCGGAGCAGCCCCCACCGCCCUUCGGCAUGUUCAUGUUCACAUGCAACGGCCGCGGGUCUGGACUGUACGGCGAGGACUCGUACGACGCCCGUACAAUGUCGUCGUACGUGCCGGUGCCGUGCGCGGGUUUUCAGUGCAAUGGUGGGAACGGCCACCCCGGCCGCCGCCCCGUCGUCAUCAUCAUCAUUGCCAUCACCAUCAUUGCCACCGACACCGACAGCUUUACCGCCUUCAUCGCCUGA